GAUGAUAAGUUUUGCGACGUUCAGUUUCGAAGCGCAACUGAUAGCGAGCUGGUCGGCCAGCGGAAGAAUAAAAUAUUAUUAGUUCAAGUUUAAUUCACUCUUGAGCAAGAAGCCAGAGAUAAGAACAAAUGGCGAGCAAAGUCGCGAUCCUUCUUUUGGCACUGGACAUCUUGAGGUUGCCCAAAGCCUUGCGAAGCCAGAGUCCGGCGUCCACCUACAUGACCCGCUUCAGCGCCAAGCUCUUCCAGGAAAUUAUAAAGUCGAAAAAUAAAAACGGCAACGUUGUCUUUUCACCCUUCGCCGUGCACGCCAUGCUGGCACUGAUCUACAGGGCAUCGGAGGGUGAAACACUCAGCGAAGUGCAGCGGGUCGGCGAGUUCAACCAGCACCCUGUUUUCGUGGCCCUGGACUUCGAGCGACUGAUCAAGUUCAAGGAGCAUCUCCAGAGUGCCAAUCUUGCUUGUGACUCCAGAGUAUUCUACAACCAUAAGCUGGGUAAAGUAAAUUCCCGCUACGACGAGUUCUCCAAAUUCUAUUUUGACAUCGCCACGAAAUCUGUGGACAUGGAUGGCGGCGAGGACACGGCAAGAUGGUUACCCUUCUGGAUACAGAGUUCCGACAUUAGCUCCCAGAUGCAGGUGAUACUGGAUCAAAACGUGGAAAUCCGAAUUCCACCUCGCCAGCGGUGA